AUGGACGGACCAUCUGCACUCUCGCCUGCACCAUCUCGCACCACAUUUCUCGUUCCCAGCAUUCAUUGUCCCACAUGUACUUCCUUCAUUGAAGACCUGCUGGCUGGCCUUAAACCAAAGCCCGAAUCCGUGGAAGCGUCAAUCUUAUCGCACAGCGUUACCGUCACGCAUGACGCCUCACUCACACCCCGCGUAAUCGCCAGCACUCUCGCCAACUCGGGCUACGAAGUGGUUUCCGACAGUGUCUCGGGUGGAUCCGCACUUCCAACUAAUACCGCGGGCGGUGAUGAUGACUUCCCGUUUGUAUGGCUGAACCGGAUUACGGAGCGUUGGCAGCGUAAACGGGAGGUCGCCGCCGAAGAGACGAGGAGACGCCGACAUAAAGAGCACUGUCAGCAAUGUCGAUCCGGGAUAGAUGCCAGACACAAGGACAGCAGGGAAAAAGCCUCACGUAGCGGGCCACCUUCUCCCCAGACUGGAACAAAUCGUCCGUUUGUGGUGGUUGAAUCCGCCUCCGCGACCAGUGAUGUUUUCGAUGCGUUGAUUACCAUAUUUGGCAUGAGCUGUAGCUCUUGUGUCGGCAAGAUCACGUCGGCAUUGGAGGAAAAACCCUGGGUUUUGUCUGCAAACGUUGCCCUCCUGACGCAAAACGCGUCUGUGAGAUUUGAAGGGCAGCAUUCCCCCGACGACCUAAUCAGGGCUAUCACCAGUCUGGGCUAUGACGCAAGCUUGGAACAUGUGGAAAAGCUGCCAGUCGUCCCAACCUCGAAAUUGCCGGCGUCGAAGCUAUGGAAAGCCUCACUGUCCAUUGAAGGCAUGACCUGCAGCUCUUGUGUCGGCUCAAUUACCUCGUCACUUAAGAAUCUUCCUUUCACGAAGACAGUUGACGUCAACCUCAUCACCAGCAGCUGCACCAUUGUAUUUGAGGACAAAGACAACAUCCUUCGCAUCCGCGCCGCUAUCGAGGAAUUGGGUUACAAAGCUAAGCUGGACGACAUAUUGGAUGCUACGAAAGAUGAGGCUCAAAAUUCGCGGAGAGCGGUGUUGAUCCGUAUCGACGGCAUGUACUGCCAGCAUUGUCCGGCACGCGUCACCGAAGCAAUGAAUCAAUUCGGUGACCGAAUAAUUGUCGAGACCCCGGCUACCUUGCACAGCUCGCUACUAACCAUCUCGUACGUCCCCGAGGCGCCUGGUUUUACCAUUCGAGCCAUCCUUGCAGCAAUUUCGACCGCUGACGCGGCCUUCAACGCUACCAUAUAUCACCCUCCGACGAUUGAGGAGCGUGCAGCACAGAUGCACCGCCGUAUACGGCAGCGAAUAUUCUAUCGGGUCCUGCUUUCGUUGGUUGUUGCGAUCCCUACAUUUAUAGUAGCCAUCGUCUUUAUGACCUUGGUCCCUUCAACCAACCCAAGCCGCAUGUACCUCAUGGAACCAUUCCGUGGAGUCACCCGCGCUGAAUGGGCCGCAUUUAUCAUGGCGACACCGGUUUAUUUCUUUGCUGCUGAUGUUUUCCACCGCCGCGCCAUCAAGGAACUACGCUCCCUUUGGAGGCCUGGCAGUACGGUGCCAGUCCUGCGUCGCUUUUACCGUUUCGGAAGCAUGGACAUGCUGAUGUCUUUUGGCACUACCAUCGCCUAUAUUUCAUCCGUCGUUGAGAUCAUCAUCGCCUCUACCGCGCCAAACGCGAUGAAUAUGAAAGGAAAUGCGACUUACUUCGACUCCGUCGUCUUCCUGACCAUGUUCUUGCUCCUUGGCCGCCUCAUUGAAGCGUAUUCGAAAGCGAAGACGGGGGAAGCGGUGACAACACUAAGCAAACUUCGGCCAAAUGAGGCUUUGCUGGUGCUGCCAGACGAUGGCACAAGAGGCGCCAGCCAGACUCGGAGUGUUAGUGCCGAUGUUAUUGACACAGGUGAUCUCGUCAGGGUCGUCCAUGGCGCAUCUCCUCCUUGGGACGGUGUGCUGCUUGAUGAAGUGGGCGAAUUCGAUGAGUCAAGUCUUACCGGGGAAUCAAAAGUUGUCAAAAAGGCGGCUGGUGAUGCACUAUUCUCUGGAACUGUGAACAAGGGAGGGCCCGUCACGAUUCGUACCACUAGCACUUCUGGAGAAUCCAUGCUUGACCAAAUCAUAAAAGUGGUUCGUGAGGGACAAGCGAAACGCGCCCCUAUCGAAAGGCUGGCUGACACCCUUACCAGCUAUUUCGUGCCAGUCGUGACCCUCAUCGCUAUCUCAACCUGGUUGAUCUGGCUCAGCCUUGGUCUUUCUGGCAGCCUCCCAAGAGAAUAUCUAGAUGUUGAGAUUGGCAGCUGGCCGUUUUGGUCUCUGCAGUUUGCUAUUGCCGUCUUCAUUAUUGCGUGUCCGUGCGGCAUAGGCCUCGCGGCCCCAACGGCGCUGUUCGUCGGCGGCGGCCUCGCAGCUAAGCAUGGCAUUCUGGUGAAAGGCGGAGGAGAGGCUUUCCAGGAAGCGAGCAAACUGGACAUCAUUGUCUUUGAUAAGACGGGAACCCUGACGCAAGGAGGGGAGCCCAAGGUCACGGAUCAUCAAUUUCUUCCGCGGAAUGAUGAUUCCUGGAGCGAGACUACGAUCCUGAGUGUUUUGAAAGAACUUGAAGAGAACAGUAGUCAUCCCAUCGGCAAAGCUAUCGUCGACUUCUGCCAAUCUAGGGAAACGACCGUUGCCAGAGCCGACCACAUAGAAGAGAUAGCCGGAAAGGGUAUGGCAGGCACCUUUAGCGUUGGGACGUUGCCAAACCAGGUCCAAGUACUAGCGGGAAAUGAGGCGCUCUUGACUGAUCACGACAUCACCCUGGAUGAAGAUAUAUCCGCGGCUCUAGAUCUGUGGAAGGGCCAAGCGAAGUCCAUCGUCCUCGUGGCAGCAAGGCCCACAGCAUCCACGGCGAAGUCUCCAUGGAACGUACUUGCUAUUUUUGCAACUUCAGAUCCCCUGCGGCCAGAGUCCCGGCACGUGGUUGAAACUCUUCGCAGCCAAGGUGUGGAUGUUUGGAUGAUAUCUGGCGAUAAUGUCACCACUGCCCGAGCCGUUGGAGCCAUGGUGGGCAUCAGUCCAGAGAAUAUUAUUGCUGGAGUGUUGCCGGAGCAAAAAGCUGACAAUAUCAAAUACCUUCAAAAGAGCCAGGCAAAUGUUAGGUCGGAGCCUUCCAGCCUAGGACGGAACGCCAACAAGCAAAGAGCUAUCGUUGCUAUGGUAGGCGACGGUGUUAACGAUUCGCCAGCCUUGACCGUGGCGGACGUCGGAAUUGCGAUAGGGUCUGGCUCGGACGUAGCUGUAUCUGCGGCUGAAUUCGUUCUUGUCAAUCCGAGUCUCACUACUCUUUUGACAUUAGUUAGUCUCAGCCGUACGGUAUUCCGGCGUGUCAAGUUUAACUUUGGCUGGGCUCUUGUCUACAAUCUUGUGGCCAUGCCCAUUGCAGCUGGAGUCCUCUACCCUAUACGUAGUAAUGGUCAGCAUAUCAGACUGGAUCCUGUCUGGGCUAGUCUGGCUAUGGCAUUGAGCAGCGUCAGCGUAAUUUGUAGUAGUCUUCUGCUUAGGAGCAAAGUGCCUGUGGUAGGCUUCACGGAAAAAGUUUGGGCGCCGAGUCAUCGGGAUAUGGAAACGUCUGAAUAG